GUGGCAUUUGUUGCAUUUUUUUUGGUUUUGUUCCUUGGGAAGUGGGCAUGGAAGAGGAGGAAGAUGCCUCCAGGACCUUUCCCUUUACCCAUCCUAGGGAAUUACCUGCAGCUCAGCUCCGGAGGCGUUAUACCAUGUCUAAUCAAGCUGAGUGAACAAUACGGACCUGUAUUUACAGUUUACUUUGGUUCCAGACCAAAUGUAGUUCUGGUCGGAUAUGACGCAGUGAAGGAGAUACUAGUUGACCACGGGGACUCUAUUCUAGGAAGAGGAGAGAUUCCUAUAUUUUUCGAUCUAUUCAACAGAAAAGGCAUGUCUUCUAUCAGUGGAGAUGCAUGGAAGCAGCUCAGACAAUUCUCCCUCAUGACCCUAAGAGAUUUUGGGAUGGGGAAGAAGACCCUGGAAGAACCAAUUCAAACAGAGGCUCAACACCUGACGACCUACUUCAGAAACUUGAACCAGAAACCAAUCAACCCCACUAAUGUAUUGGUCUGCGCUUCAUCUAAUUUACUUGCUGCUCUUCUGAUGGGAACAAGAUAUAACUACGAUGACAAGAAAUGGAUGAAGAGUCUUGAUGACAUGAGUAAGGCCUUCAACAUUAUCUCAUCUCCCUGUGGCCAGCUGUAUGAUAUGUUUCCAUCACUGAUGAGGAUCUUACCUGGAAACCAUCAAAAUAUCUUCAAACUUUUACAAGAUCUAAAGAAUACCAUCAAGGAGCAAGUAAGAAAUCACAUUGAGACCCUGGAUCCUGCUAACCCUCGGGAUUAUAUCGACUGUUACUUGAUCAGAAUGAAACAGGAAAAUGAGAAAAAUCCAGAAACGCCAUUCGAUACAGUGACUCUAGAAUCAACAGUGUUUGACAUGUUCCUUGGAGGUGCCGAAACUACAGCUCUUUCAAUAAAUUUUGGCUUUUUGAUACUUAUCAAGUUUCCAGAAAUUCAAGAAUGUCUGCAUGAAGAGAUUGACCAAGUCAUUGGCCGGGCUCGAGACCCAGUGGUGGAAGACAAGAACAAUACACCAUAUCUGAAUGCCUUCCUUCAUGAGGCUUUGAGGUUCAGUGAUGUCAUACCAACGGGUGUUCCUCGACGCGCAACAAAAGAUGUGAAUUUCCGUGGCUUUCUCAUUCCCAAGGGAAUGGAUAUUUUACCGAUGUUAACUACUGUGCUACAUGAUCCCUCUCACUUUGAAACGCCCAGUGUGUUUAACGUGAAACAUUUCUUGGAUGAAAAUGGAAAGUUUAAGAAAAAUAAUGCUUUCUUGGCAUUCGCUGCAGGUAAGAGAAACUGUAUUGGGGAGAGCUUGGUACGGAUGGAAAUCUACAUCUUCUUUGCGAUCAUCCUGCAAAAAUUCACCCUCAAGGCAACUGUGGACCCCAAGGAUCUGGAUAUUAAGCCAGUCGAAUGUGGGUUUGAAUCUUUACCCCCCGUUCAUGAAAUAAUUUUUAUACCUCGAGAGUAAAGGAGGAAGGAUCACGAACGAUGCAAUGUCACUUCUUUUCCUCCUUCUCAUUGAACCAAUGUUUCCUCUGAUUAUAAAACCCAUGUGACAUUAUAAUUAGCACUAAUUUGUAUUUAUCUUAAUGAGGACUUGUCACUUUCCAGGAUUUGUAAUUCUAUGUUUGCUUAUCAAUGUAUCUACCAAAUGUGCAUUUCUGAGAUAUGAGAAAAAAAAUUAAAUAUAGAAAUCCGAACCUCUCUA